GCGACGGAAAUUAGAGUUAUAAGUCUCUAAUGGGGGGUGGCAGGUGAAUGCAUCUGGGAUGCAUAGGGGGUUGGAAGAACCCUUAGCUUCGUUCAGCCUACGUUCAGUCUCCUUCGGGCGGUUGCGGGAGGCGGACGUGUCCUCAAAUCGGCCGCAAAACGAACUUCAACCAGAAAUACAAGUCCUGUGACGAAAAUAACAGCGAAAAGCGACCAAUAAGAUCAUCAACAUGGCUUAUUGGGCGUUUUGUAUUCUGAUCUUCCUCCAUACGGUCUACGGACAAACUGAGACCGAGCCACCGACCACAGCCACGACCAAAUCUUCUACGACCGCCUCUCCCCCUACCAGCGUGACUUGGGAAGCAGAGACCUUGAACGAAGGUCAGGCCAUUCAGAAGGCGCUGCAGUACCUCCUGAACCAUCGGCAAGCGGACUGGGGCUGGGGCAACGAUACUCACAACGUGAUGCUCACACUUCAGCUGGCUAAUAACACUGGCAAGGAGAUCGAACAGCAAGGACUGGAGAUGCAGCUGUCUGCCAAGCAAAUGGAGAUCGAGGUUUUGCUCAUGAUGUCGAAGCACCACGAGUCUCCGCCGCCGCUGGGUCGUCUCGCUGCCUACACCCUCGCUCUCGGCGCACUCUGCAAGGACCCUCGUUCUUUCCACGGUCGGGACCUGGUGGCCGCGCUCCUCCAUCGCGAGCCUCCUCAGGACCUGGAGUUCGCGUACGCGACCCUUGCCGCCUGCUCAUCGGCAGCUCACGUCCGCCGGCGGCAUAUCCGAAGACUGCUAGACAUCGCUAAUGCCGCAUCGGACCACAGUCUUGAUACGAUUUCAAUGGUUAUCCUGGCUCUGCGCUGCGUGGUCCAGGACCAUCGCCACCGCAGCCUCAUCCAUUUCGUGAGACGCCCCAUGGCGGGACUGGCGCGGCAACAACAUCCUGACGGGAGCUUCGGAACCCUGACCACCACCGCACUAGCUAUACAAGCACUAGAGGACUCUGAUAGCGGUCCCGGCGCCCACCAGCACUGGAGUCUUCCGGCGGCUCGCAAGUGGUUGCUGGAGCGUCAGGCGGCGGACGGCGGGUGGGGCGACGUGUCAGUGACGGCCGCUGCGGUGGCUGCGCUGACUCCCGCCUCGCUGGCUGCAGUCCGACCUCCGCAUUGCAGCGACAAGCUCAUGGAUAGUCGUCACGAGCCUUUAGAUAACAACGGUGGCGACGGAAUCCUGAAGUUGGCUUAUCAAUCCGGACAGGCGAUUAACGAAUCCGAAGCUCGCAACGUCUCCUUCACCUACACCCUGUGGCUCGGCACUAACGUUACUGAGAACUUCACUUUGCAAAUGGUCGCUCCGAGGAACGUGUCCUUCUACCGCGUGAUGCAAAUGGCCGCUGAACAGAACCCGAAAUUCAAGUUCGAAGCCAGCGAAUGGCCGAACGGUCACUACGUGCACACUCUAGCCGGGCACAAGGAGGAGCCAAUGGGCUACCACUACUGGUUGCUGUACCGUCUCCCCGAUGCCCCGGACCCCACCAGCCCCCCCGGAAACCAACUGGUCGCUCCUGUUGGUGUUGACGAUCUGCUGGUGGAAGACGGAGAGCAUUACCUGUUCUGGUACAAGAAGCUGUAAACGAAAUGUAAUUGUUGUCAUCUCUUGAUGAAAAGGUGAAGAACAACAGCAGAGAUGAGACGAUAAACUGUGUACUUUAGAGUUUACCUUAAAACUAUCUGAACCUUAGAACUGUUUCGAAAUUAGAAUUCAUUUUUAUACUAAAAUCUUAUAGUGUUCCUUAAUUAAAUAAUUUGUAUUACUUCAUCUGUUUUAAAGUUGGUAACAUUGUUUUUCACCAGCGCAUCUUAUUAAUUUCUGGUCAGCAUCUUCAUCUAGUUCUUAUAAGUGUAAUUUUGUAGUGUGGCUAACACGAGAACUAAAAUUCAUAUUUUAUCGUUACCUAUAUGUAGCAAAAUAAUAAAGACUUUACAAUUUUCAGAUUCGAUGAUUUUUAGUAUUAAUUAGAGAGAAUUAUGGGGUGGCCAGCCACGGUCGGAGGUAGCUAGACUGGAUGGACUCACACUGAAUUCGAAAUGGUAAAUUAUUACUGCAUACCAUUUCGUCUCGGUUGAAAGUUAUUGCGUACUUGAGACCUUAGAACUUAUAUCUCAAGGUGGGUGACGCAUUUACGUUGUAGAUGUCUAUUGGCUCUAGUAACCACUUAACACCAGAUGUGACAAUCCGUUAUGCUCCCGUAAAAUGCAAGCCGUGGAUUGACAGUGUUAAUAAAAAUCAAAAUAACGCGACCCCUCUCUCUAUUAUAUUACAUUAUUUUAUGAUUUUAAUAUUACAAAGUUAAAAUAUCUCCGACACCAGUUAAUUGUAGUCGUAAAAUACAUGAUCUUAGCGCACAAAUUGAAUUGAACAUUUCUGCUAAUUAAAAACCUAUAUAUAGUAAUGUUAACUUGUAUUUUAUAUCUGUAUUUUCAAAGAGUGAAUUUUCAGUACUUUACCAAUAAUAAUACCACAUUGUAAGUUCAGCACUGGUAAUAGGAAAAAGCGAAAUCAUGUGGUCAAAGUCUGAAUUCGACCAAGAAUGCUAUACUGUUUUGCAGUAGUAAUAGAUAGAGUAAUUACUGUAUGCGCGCGAGUUCAUGUCCAUCGGGGCCAGAGCGCGGGGGGCAGCUCGCCCCACCUUCGCCCGCCUCCCCGCAUUCGACUGACAUCUGACGGUUGUGACGCGCGCUUAUCAAUAUCAUAAUUUAAGCUAACGCUAUUGUGUUAUUUAACCAUGACUACUCCGCUUCCAACAAGUUCAGAUAGAAAAAAACCUACUGAAAAACGAUAGAUACUAAUUCCGACUCUGAUCUAUCGGUUGUCUUUUCAUUUGAUAGUGAUUGAAUUGGAACUUAAAGAAUAUUUUUCUCUAUUAGAAAUAAACAAGUAAUUACUUAUCACAUUUAUUUUAUUUCAUAAAUUGCAAAAUUACCUUAAGUUACAUUAAACCAAAUUGACAGCUGAUGACUAAAUCGGUAGUUAUUAUCGACAUUACCAUAAUUAAAUAGGUCACAGCACUACCGCAUUCGUCAGGAUGGACAUGAACUCGCGCGCCUACAGUACCUAUGCUGGCUAUACGCCCGAGUAUCAUUAGAGUUAAAACCAGGCUGAGACUUCUAAGACUGUGAGUUACCUGAAAACUAUUCAAUUAACUUAAACCCGCUUACCUAAUCCCGAGCUGAAAAUCACUUUUGGAAAUACAUUCUUUAUAAAUUAAACGUUAUAUUAAAAUAAUCAAUGGAAUAUCCUAUGUAAACAUGCAGUACAGAGUCCGGUAUACCUAUUUGCCUGGUCGGGUAUUUAUUUAAAUUAGUAGCUUAGUACUUCAGUUUAAGGGUAUUGUCUUGAUUGGAAUGCUCUAGAAACUUUGGUCGAUAACGUGAGUACUCUAUGCGACAUGAAAUUUUUUAUAUGUGAAUAUGAAAAAAAAAAUUGAAUAUUAUCUUUAAAAACAACAUUCUAUAUCAACCAUAUUUAAAUAUCAACUGAAAGCGUUGUAUUUUUGUUAAUUUACUUACGAGCGAAACCUAAUCACGCUCCGUUGUGACUAUAUAGUAAUUACUAAUCGUAUUAAAGACAUAGAUUUCUUGAAACCGAGCAGUUUACGUCAUAUAACAUUUGUUAAUUAAGUUCGUUAAGUACUGGUACCAACUUAUCAGAGUCAGAUGAAUGGCUUAGUAAAGCUUAAACAAUGCUCGUAACGAAAUUAAAUUUUUAUAACAAUAGAUUACAGUAAAACACACUAAAAACUUGGAAAGGCCUCUGAGCCAUUAGUCAUCCCUCAGUCAUAAAGAAAACUAAAAUCAUACAAAAAAUGAGAACACGCAAUGUAUAAUCUCACGCAAAUCUUGGAAGUUUUUUUAGCUAUUUAUAAAGAGAGUAUAAGGAAAGGAAGAAUUCUUAGUGAAAAUUCCGACGUAUUUGUUGUGUGUAAUUAAAAAUGCAUGCGAAAAACUAUCUUCUAUUAAUACACGUCCGAAUCAGGCCGGACCGACGUGGAGAAAUCGACAAAUAAAAAAAACAAAAGAUUCACUUUCUUAAUUUUAUAAGUUUUUUUUUAUUGCCUUUGUAGGCAGACGAGCAUACGGCCCACCUGAUGGUGAGUGGUUACCGUCGCCCAUGGACUUCAGCAAUGCCAAGGGCAGAGCCAAGCCGUUGCCUACCGCUUAAUACUCUCCACAAGCCUCGUUUGAAGAAGGACAUGUCAUAGCGCUCGGGAAACACCGUGGAGGGGAGCUCAUUCCAUAGCCGGAUGGUAUGUGGCAAAAAAGACCUCUGGAAACGCACCGUGGAUGACCGCAGUGGCUCCAGGUAGUAUGGAUGAACUCUACUCCGGUGGCGGGCGGUGCGAUGGUAAAAACGAGAUGUCGGUAUCAUCUCGAACAAUUCCUCAGAGCACUCCCCAUGGAACAUGCGGUACAAAUUACAGAGGGAACCGAAGUCCCUCCGCAGACCCAGAGGCUCCAAGUAAUCUCUCGAUCAUUUUCUUUUACCGGAUUCUGUACAACAUGUGAUAGUAAUUAGCCAUAUGUAAUCGAUAACUCACCUACGACAUACCAAAGAUUUCACUUCACCAUCAAAAACUAUAUAUGUACAUACAUUUUUUACUGUCGCAGUGAUUUGUUUAAAAUAAUGUGUCAUAUGAUAUUUAAACGACUAUUAGGAACGGAUCGCAGGCGGUACGUUGGUAAAAACGAGAUGUUUGGAUCAUAUUAUCAUCUCGUUUGUGUCACUUAUGCUAUUUUUGCAUUCCGAAACUUUUAAAAUAAUUAAAUCUUUUAGUUUUCCCACGACAAUCGGUGAUAACAGUAAUACGAAUAAGAACGAAAUAAUCUCUUAGCAUUGUAUUUUCUUUGCUAUAGUUUGAUAUUUCUAAAAAUAAAACACAAUCAUUCAUUCAAAAACGAAUUAUGAAUUUGAGAGAUCAUUUCAUUAUUCAAUAAGCUGAGCAAGACACGUUAUUUUACACAAAUACUUUUCCUAUCAAACUCUAUAAGAUUAGUUCUUGUUUACUUAAAUAUAAUUAGCAUUGUUAUUAUAACAUUUAAACGUUAUUAUAAAAUAGCAUUCUAAACGUUAACGGCAACCAAUACUCAAUGUUAUUUUACAAAUUAAUAAGAGCUCUCGCUUGACACGAUUCUAGCAACACUAUCGUAGUGAAUAGUAAGGAUUAUUUUGGCAACUACGAGAAAUAUGUCAGCUAUUGCUAAUAAACAAAUAAUGUUAUUUAAAAUGGAUUAGCCUUAGUACCUACGCAAAAAUAGGCCCUAUGACUCAGAAGGUCGCAUUGAAUACCUGAUUUUGUAUUCUACCUAUUCGCAGAUAGCUUAAAAGUUACGGCCGGACGGGAAAUACCUGAUUUAACCCAAUACAGUACCUAAGCCCUAGUAUAUUGAGGGAACAGAUGAAAUAGCUCACAACCAUUAUCUAGUCUUUUCUUUUUUAAUUUUGUUGCAAUUUGAAAACAGCACAUACGUUUUUAUAUUUAUUAGGAAAGUUUUAUUGGAACGAAGUUCCUUAUCGCGCGUUGUGAAAGGGGGCUAGACGGAAAAAAUUCUUACGAAAAGUUGUCACGACACUUUUUAGAUCCGUCAUUCUGACCAAUCAACGUGUAGGCGCUUAUCGCGUGACAUUGCUCGUAUCCGAUUGGUCCGCGUAAUGAGUACAGUUUCUCGAGAUAGCGUUUCAACAAUAGUAAUUUAGUUCAUAGUAUUGUUUUUUUCUUGUUCAUAAUGCCGUAAUUUAUUAUAAUAACUUUAAAAAAAAAUUACAAUUCCUUCACUAAUUAAUCGAAAGGAACUUCGUUCCAUCCGGGUGUCCCUUGACACCUCUGAAGUUUUUAUUUCACAUUUAUUAAUAUCAAAACAUAAAGUUUCUUGUUCAAGUACUUUUAAAUCGUUAUAACUUCACCGCUGUUGGUUGUGUUUAAGUAAAAUAUAUUCGUUGCAAUACUUAUAAGUAUUUACUAAAGGUAAAGUAACAUGAUAUUGACUGCACUGCUAGGUAUAUCUCAUUCCAACAUUUAUAUUAGCUGUUAAGAUCAGUACAUGUUAGUUCUUUAGACAUUUUUCUGGUUUAGAUUUGCGUUAGUGAAAGGAAGCGUAAGAUUGUCUUUUAUUUGUAAUAUACCUAAUAUAAGUUGAUUCACUAAGGAAACUGUUAUGAAACUCUUAAUGACAAUAUUUUAUUUUGGUAAAUUAUGUUUCUGUGUUGAAACAUAAUUUUAAAAAAAGUUGCCUAUAAGAGGACUUCUAGGCAGCAUUUUACUAUCUCGAUAACAGCCGAAGAAAGAACCCACCUGAUGCUAAGUGCUCAUCGUCGCUGGUGGACACUGGUAAUGCUGUAACACAGCCAGGCUACCGCUAAACAAAAAUAACCGCUUUCGAAUUGAAAAUUAAAUAAUAAUGUAUUUUAAUGAUUCAAUUAUCGGUUCUUUGUCACGUAAAGAUUGUGAGACAGGUAAAUGGGUUAAAGUAUUCAUGAACCAAACCUAUUAAUUAUAGUGUGCUUCGUGCGAGUUUAUUAACGUUCUCGAUAGCGUAAAAGUUAACUCAGAUUUGUAUGCAUUUGGAACAGCGCUUCCAGCGGCAAACGUAGGCAAACGUUCCAACUCCUAACAGAUGUGAGUUAACUUUUACGCUAUCGAGAACGUUAAAAAACUGGCACUAAGCACACCGACUUAUAAACGUUUAGCCAAAAACUUUAAUUCCGUAAAACAAACAUACGUAAUUUGGAUGCUAACGUUACUUUCACUAACUCAAAAUGAAGUUGUCGUUCGUAGGCAAGAUGUUAUCUGGAAUGUAAUUAAAGUACUAUUAAAUUCUUUAGUACGAGACUGAGCGACCGACUCGCUAUCUUAAAAUAGCAAUUCGAUGUAAUUUGAUGAAUGAUUCUUAAUAAAUUAUUAAAAAUAAUAA